CCUACAGUUCCAUUAUGGACCAAGGAACUCUUCUCUCGCAGGUCGUCAAAUCAAUAGCUCACCUUAAAGAAAGUCAAGAAAGUCAACAGAAGGCUCUCGAAGAACUUACUCAACAGAUGAAUAGCUUGGCUUCCAGCUACGAUUCCUUAACUCGAUCGCAGUGCAGGCCAAGGGAGAACUCACCUGAUGGAUCAGUGAACUGCAAUGGGUGCAUCCACAUAUGCACACCCCACUUGGAAUUUCCGAAAUUCAAUGGGAAGGAUCCCCGAGGGUGGAUUUACAAAGCGCAACAGUUCUUCCUAUACUACCAAACUCCUCCCCAAGAUCAACUCCUCAUCUCCUCCAUUUACAUGGAAGGAAGAGCUUUAGCUUGGUAUAUGUGGAUGGAUAACUCGGGAGCAUUAACCAGUUGGGAGGCCUUUACCAAAGCCUUGGAAAUUAGGUUCGGUCCCUCUCCCUUUUAUGAUCCAGUGGAAGCCCUCAUCAAGCUCACACAAACUGCCACAGUUGAGGAUUUCCAAUCCCACUUCGAAUUCAUUGCCAAUAGGACAAAGGAUUUACCAGAGCCAUUUAUGAUCGGCUGUUUUAUAAAUGGGCUCAGAGAGGACAUCAGACUUACUGUAAAGAUGUUCAAACCCACCACCUUGUCUUCUGCUUUUGUACUGGCCCGUAUGCAAGAAGAAAAAUGUUUAGCAGAAGCAAAACUAUCAGGAUAGAGGCAAACACAACCAACCCUGCUGUUUCCAGGUAGUCCUCCUUACCUGUUCAAAGAAUUUCACCCAACUCAGAUGACUGUUAUUAUUGUGAUCACAAGUGCAAAGGACCAAAAUUGUACCUGAUGGAAGGAGUUUAAUUGGGAAAUCAGGAGAGCAUUCCGGUUGAACCAACACCUGUAGCAGAAGGAACUAUUCAUGUGGACAGAGCUAUUGAAUUCUUUCCCGAUUGUAGAUGUAGCUUGUUUUCUUUGAAUCUUUUAUUUCAUUGUAAUUCCACAUUUACGUAGAUCUAGUGUCCAGUAAGUCAAAAAUAGUUAUUAUGAA